AUGUCAAUUUUAUUGCUAAGAAAAUCAAGCAGUGAUUGGACAAAAAUAAGAAUAAGAUCAUCAGUAGAAUGCAAAGCAUAUCUUUCAGCAAUCCAGAACGAAAAUCACAAUCUAGUGUUUAAAAAUAAGGAAAACAAUUUUUCUUGCGAAAUUGAAUAUAGCAUUGACGAAAAAUUGGAAAUUAAGGAAGAAAUUGUCGAAAUUCAACCUACCAGUGACAAAAUUUUGGAAAUCAAGGAAGAGAUUAUCGAAGAUCAAAGCACUAGAGAUAAAAAACGUAAUAAAAAAAUUGAAUCAAAAUUGGAAGUCAUGGAUGUAAAAGAAAAUGUUAAUUUUUCUGUCAAUAACAAACUGAUGAACUAUAAGCAGCAGGAAAUUCAGGAAUCAGAAAAGGAGCCGAGAAAGAAGUUCACAUGCGAAAAAUGCGCCCGAAGCUAUACCUUAAUACAAAACUUGAAAUUUCAUAAAAAAUACCAAUGUAUCAGCGUUUUACCACAGUUCAGUUGUAAAUUUUGCAACAAACGAUUUAAAUUAAAAAAUUCUAUAAAUAGACAUAUCAAUCAGGUGCAUAACAAGACAAGUGAAAAGAAGUCGACAUUAAUGUACAGAUGCGACGAGUGUUCUCGAAGUUACUGUUAUUUACGUUCUUUAAAUCAACACAAACGUUUGAAACACGCAUUAAUGAAACCACAAUUUUUUUGCGAUGUUUGUGGACAUAAAUGCAAUAAGAAAUGUAACUUAGCCAAACAUAUUUCUGUCUUCCAUUUAGAGUCAUCGAAAACGAUUUAUAAAUGCAACAAAUGUUCUCGAAGUUACAAAUCCUCAGAUUCCUUAAAUCGACAUAAACGUUUCGAACAUGGAGCAGACAAAAGACGUUUUAAUUGCGUAUAUUGUAACUACCAAACGAAUCUGGAAACUACCUUAUCCAACCACAUAAAUUUCCGACACUUAAACACAUUGAGAACGGUCUAUAAAUGCGACACAUGUUCUAGAAGUUACAGAUCCUCAAGUGCCUUAAAUCAACAUAAACGUUUAGAACAUGCUGCAGUCAAAAUAAUAUUUGUUUGCGAUUAUUGUAACUACCAAACGAAUUUGAAAAGUAACUUAUCCAAACACAUAACUUUCCGUCACUUACAUAAAUCUAAAGCAAUGUGUUAACUAAAUUUAUCAACUAACUUUUUUACUAAUUUCUAUCAGUCCCUCAAUUCUAGCUAUGAAUCAGUCAUUUUUUAAAUUAAUUUUUUUUUUGAAAAAAGAUCCACUCUUUCCACGGCACUGGGAAUGGAACCACAGAACUUCCGACUGCUUGUCCGCUGCUUUCCCAUUAAGCUACUAGAGAGAUCAAUAGAGAAAUCCUUUUGCAAAAAUAUGCGACAUCUCAAGCCAGGUAUUACAUUCGCUUGCCAGUCGAGCGACGAGAGUAGAUCUUUUUUAGACAAAAAUUUAUUUAGAAGAUUUUAAAAAAAUUAUUUUUUCCAUCUAGUCAAAAAAUGGCAAUAAUUAUUUUCUGUUAUUUAAACAGUUAAUUUGAUUGAUCGGUUAAUUGGUAUUUUCACGGUGGUAAAAAAGAUAUCUACAAUGAUCGAUUAUAACUACCUCUGAUGAUAAUGUAGAUUCCUUUAUGUUAGUCAUUUCUACACAUUAUUUGAUAAAACUGAUUGAUUUAUAAUUAAAAAAUACUGAUUUACAGCCAAAACUUAGUCUCUAAUAGGAAUUGCUAAAAAAAUGUAGUUGAUUCAAAUUUAUA